AGCGUGAACUCAAAGAAGAUCAAAUUGAAAGUGUCUACCUUGCUUUGCCAACACUCAUGGGUGGAGUACCUGGAGGUGGAGCAAGAGUGGCCUUUCUACUGGUUGUAGCUCCAGCUCCUCCCCCUUUUCAGUAUAUACAUUCUAGCCUCACUGAAUCAUUGCUGUGGGAAGGGAAGCUCUGCACAUAUAGGCCAGUGAAGACUAGCACACACUGCUGAACAAAAGUAAAGAGAAUACGCAGAAGAAAAGUGGCCAUGGACCUAAUCCCAAGCUUUUCCAUGGAAACCUGGCUUCUCCUGGCUACCAGCCUGGUGCUCCUCUAUCUGUAUGGGACCUACACACAUGGGGUUUUUAAGAAGCUAGGAAUUCCUGGACCAACACCUCUGCCUUUUGUGGGAACUGCUCUGGGCUACCGUAAGGGUUUUUCUGUUUUUGAUGAGAACUGUUUUAGAAAGUAUGGAAGAAUGUGGGGGUUUUAUGAUGGGCGACGGCCUGUGCUUGCUAUUACAGAUCCGGACAUGAUCAAAACAGUGCUAGUGAAAGAAUGUUAUUCUGUCUUCACAAACCGGCGGUCUUUUGGUCCAGUGGGAUUUAUGAAAAGUGCCAUCUCUCUGUCUGAGGAUGAAGAAUGGAAGAGAAUACGAACAUUGCUGUCCCCAACCUUCACCAGUGGAAAGCUCAAGGAGAUGUUCCCCAUCAUUGGCCAGUAUGGAGAUGUGUUGGUGAGGAACCUGAGGAAGGAGGCAGAGAAAGGCAAAUCCAUCAACUUGAAAGACAUCUUUGGAGCCUACAGCAUGGAUGUGAUUACCAGCACAUCAUUUGGAGUGAACAUUGAUUCCCUCAACAACCCACAAGAUCCCUUUGUGGAAAAUAUCAAGAAGCUCUUAAAAUUUGAUUUCCUUGAUCCAUUUUUCUUCUCAAUAUUACUGUUUCCAUUCCUUACCCCAGUUUUUGAAGUAUUAAAUAUCUGGCUCUUUCCAAAAAGUGUUACUGAUUUUUUCACAAAAUCUGUAAAAAGAAUGAAGGAAAAUCGCCUCAAAGAUAAACAAAAGCAUCGAGUGGACUUUCUUCAGCUGAUGAUUAACUCCCAGAAUUCUAAAGAAACAGACACUCAUAAAGCUCUAUCUGAUUUGGAGCUGGUGGCCCAAUCUAUUAUCUUUAUUUUUGCUGGCUAUGAGACCACUAGCACUUCUCUUUCCUUCCUUAUGUAUGAAUUAGCCACUCACCCUGAUGUCCAGCAGAAACUGCAGGAGGAGAUUGAUGCGACUUUCCCCAAUAAGGCAUUGCCCACUUACGAUGCCCUUGUGCAGAUGGAAUAUCUGGACAUGGUGUUGAAUGAAACUCUCCGAUUAUACCCAAUCGCUGGUAGACUUGAGAGGGUCUGUAAGAAAGAUGUGGAAAUCAGUGGUGUGUUCAUUCCCAAAGGGACAGUGGUGAUGGUGCCAACCUUUACUCUUCAUCGAGACCAGAGUCUCUGGCCAGAGCCUGAGGAAUUCCGACCUGAAAGGUUCAGUAGGAAGAACAAGGACAGCAUAAAUCCUUAUACAUACCUGCCUUUUGGAACUGGACCCCGAAACUGCAUUGGAAUGAGGUUUGCGAUCAUGAACAUGAAACUUGCCCUUGUUAGGGUCCUGCAGAACUUCUCCUUCAAACCUUGUAAAGAAACACAGAUCCCCCUGAAAUUAAAUGCUCAAGGGAUUAUUCAACCUGAAAAGCCCAUUGUUCUCAAGGUUGAGCCAAGAGAUGGGAGUGUAAAUGGAGCCUGACUUUCCCUAAGGACUUCCUUUUGUUCUUCAAGAAACUAUCCCAGAACACCAGAGACCUCAAUUUCCUUUGAUUAUGUGGUUUCACUCAUGUAGGGAAUAUAAGAAAUAGUGAAAGGGGUUGUAGGGGAAAGAAGGGAAAAUGAGUGGGAAAAAUUAGAGAGGGUGACACAGAAUGAGAAACUCUUAACUCUGGGAAAUGU